AUGGCUAAUUCAUAUUUUGGAAUAUUAUCCAGUUUUAACCACGAUAUACAGGAGUGGAAAACUUAUAAAAGCCGAAUAAAUCAGUGGUUCUUGGCAAAUGAAAUUAAUAACACGACGGAUCCGAGCGGGAAAAAGAGAAGAGCAAUUUUGCUAAGUGCACUCUCGGAGGGUACCUAUAGGCUCGCUGAGAAUUUAGCCUUACCCAAGGAUGUGCAGGAGGUGCCCGACGAAGACAUCCUACGAUUCUUCGACAUCCAUUUUAACCCGAAGAUUGUCGGUUUCACGGAACGACACAACUUCUAUGCAACAUCGCAGCAACCCGGUGAAACACAUUCACAGUGGGCCGCGAGACUGCGCGGUCUUACGUCACGCUGCGCUUUCCAUGAUAUCGAAGAGGCCCUACGAGACCGGUUUAUUAUGAGAAUGAUGCCUAGUCUUGAGAAAAAGAAACUUUACGCCCAAGAUAUUACAAAUCUAACUCUCACGAAAGCUGUAGAAUUUGCUGAAAACGUCCGUUGUGCGAAAUCAGCUGCAAUCGCCAGUGCCAGUACAGCCGACGCGUCCGCAGCUUCUACCAGCGCGUUGUACAAGAUUAGAUCAAGAGGUAAAGGUGCAAGAAGUGUAAAAAGUGAUCUUCCGGUAAAACAAAAGUGUAAAGUGUGUGGCUAUACGAACCACAAGGCUUCGGAGUGCCGGUACGCGGAUUUCGUAUGUAGGAAGUGUAACGUCGUAGGCCAUCUACGUAGAAUGUGUACGUCAAAUAAAGUUAACUACGUAGAUAAUGGAGCCGGAGACGAAAACAUCGAUGAUGAUGGUAAGGUAUUUAAAAUUCGUUCGUUGCGGGGUGAACCGAUGGUCGAGACCGUGUUUAUUCGGGGAAUGGCGUUUAAGUUUGAAAUAGAUAGCGGUUCCGCCGUAACGGUGAUACCGGAAAAAUUAUACAAAUCUCAUUUUAAAGAUAUUCCAUUGAUUGUUCCGCAUAAAAGGUUGAUGAGCUACACGGGUGAUAGCAUAACAUGUGUAGGCACAAUCCGGUUACCCGUGUACUAUACUAACCGCUCACACACGCUCGACGUGUACGUCGUCCGGGACGGCGGGCCGCCGCUCCUCGGUAGGGACUUUAUAUCUACAUUCCAAUUAGAGUUAUCGUCAGUUUUAUCAACGGUGAAUUACUGUCAGGGUACCCUUCCCUCCGUGGAAGAACUGCAAUGUCAAUUUCCAGUUCUUUUUUCGGAUAAAUUAGGUCGUUUUACUAAACAUAAGGUGCACUUACAGUUAAAAGAUAAUGCAAAACCAGUUUUCUUUAAAGCGAGACCGAUUGCAUUUGCCCUACGGAAUAAAAUAAAUAAUGAACUAGAUAGAAUGGUUGAGUUAGGGGUAAUAAAACCGGUUGACCACGCAGACUAUGCGUCCCCUAUAGUCCCUGUUUUAAAAAGAAAUGGCACUAUUCGCUUGUGUGCCGAUUACUCGGUUAGUAUUAAUAGGCAAUUAAUUAUCAACCAGUAUCCUCUGCCAACUGCCAAGGAAUUGUUUGCAAAGCUUUAUGGUGGAAAAAAAUUCACCAAAUUAGACUUAUCUAUGGCUUAUAACCAAUUUGAGCUGGAUGACGAGUCACAAAGGUACACUGUAAUUAAUACUCAUCGUGGAUUAUACAAGUAUACUAGGCUAGUCUUUGGGCUUGCUCCAGCGCCAGCAAUUUUUCAGCGUGCGAUGGAGGGCCUAAUUGGUGGACAGGAGGGCGUGCUGUGUUUGUUGGAUGACGUGCUCAUUACGGGGCGUGACGACGCCGAGCACGCUGCACGCCUCCGGGCGGUGUUGCAGACCUUACAAGAAGCAGGAUUGACCUUGCAAAGGGAGAAGUGCGAGUUCUAUAAAGAUGAGGUUAACUACUUGGGUUAUGUUAUCAAUAAAAAUGGGUUGAAAAAGUCUCCAGAUAAAAUUAAAGCAAUAGUAGACUCCCCUGCACCAUCAAAUAUAAGCCAACUGCAAUCGUUUUUGGGCCUAGUAAAUUAUUAUCGAAACUUUGUACCGAGUGCAGCGUCUGUUUUAAGCCCACUUUAUAAUCUGCUAAAAAAGGGGGUAAAAUGGUCGUGGGGUCUAGAUCAUCAUGAGGCAUUCACAAAAAUAAAACUGUUAUUAGCUUCAGACCAGGUACUCGCCCACUUCAACCCCGAAGCAAGGCUAAUCCUGACUGUAGACGCGUCUCCGGUUGGCUUGGGUGCGAUACUGUCGCAAGUAGGUUCCGACGGGCAAGAAAGACCGAUUUCGUUUGCAUCGCGAACUCUAAAUAUCGCAGAAAAACGAUAUUCACAAAUACAGAAAGAAGCGACCGCAAUUAUAUUUGGAAUUCGGCGCUUCCAUCAGUAUUUGUACGGUAGAACAAAUCCGUUUGUAUUAAGAACAGAUCAUAAGCCACUAAUUUCGAUAUUCGGACCGUACAAAGGCAUUCCGGAAGUAUCGGCGAAUCGACUGCAGAGGUACGCAAUGUUUUUAAGCGCGUAUAACUAUACGAUCGAGUAUAUACGAAGCGCUGAUAACAGCGCCGACUAUUUGUCUCGCUCAAGUAUUUCGGAGGCGAGGCGCGCGCCCGACACGGGUGCAGGCGCACUCGAUACGUGCACUGCGGACGACUUCACUUCGAGCGACUGCGCGGCUUACGUGUGUUUUGUGGUCGACACGAGUUUACCGAUUACGGUUUCGGAACUACGGGAUGAAACAAAAAGGGACAAAAUUUUAUCUAAAGUAACCGAAUAUGUUAAACACGGUUGGCCUAAGAAAAUAAGUGAUUUGUACCUUAAGCCUUAUUUUUCAUGUAGAACGCAAUUCUCGGUUGAAAAUGGAUGCUUAAUGAGAGGUCAUAAGAUCGUGAUUCCCGAGACGUUGCGUAAAAGGGUGUUAGCCGAGUUACACAAAACACAUCUGGGUAUCGUAAAAACCAAGGCCGAAGUUCGAUCCAGAUUUUGGUUUCCGGGCGUAGAUGAGGCCGUGGAGCAUAUGAUAGGGACAUGUGAGGUAUGCAUCAACCUGCGGCCAUCUCCACCGCGCGUGCCGCCGGCCCCCUGGCCUCGGACACACCACCCUUUCACCCGCGUACAUAUGGAUUUCCUGGGUCCCAUAGCCGGUCGAAUGUAUUUAGUGGUCAUUGAUUCGUACUCUAAAUGGCCGGAGAUAUACGAUACAGCUAGUUCUACUUCCUCCGAUACAGUCAUUGAAAAGAUGUACGAAUUCAUGUCUAGGUUCGGCAUACCGCAAACGAUUGUAAGCGACAAUGGAACGGCGUUUACUUCACAAGAAUUUAAACGUUUCUGUGAAGUAAACGGGAUAUCACACGUUACGUCGCCACCGUAUCACCCGGCAAGUAACGGUCAAGCCGAAAGUUAUGUAAAAAUAGUCAAAAAGGGUAUAAAAUCAAGUAUUAUGUCUAGCAGCAACACAAAACAAUCAAAAAAUAAUUUAUUAAAGUUUUUGUUUGAUUACCGGAAUUCAAAGCACUCGACCACCGGCAUGUCACCCGCCGAGUUGAUUUUCGGGCGAAAGCUAAACUCGCGCUUAGACAGAUUGGUACCUACGUCAUCGCUGUCUGCGUCUGCGGCUUCAUCCGAUUUGAUAAAUGCGCAAAAAUGUCCACAGAAGGAAGAACCAGUACGUAUUAAGCAAAUGCUACCUGGAACUUUCGUUUUAUAUAAAAAAUAUGUAAAUAACAAGUUUACCUGGUGUAAGGGAACGAUAACAAAAAGAAUUGGCAAAGUUAUCUACUUAGUAAAAGAUUGGGACACGCAAAUAUGUUAUCGAAAACAUAAAAAUCAAUUAAUUUUAUAUAAAGCUCAAAGUAAUGACUAUAACGCAUGGGACGUGGACGCUUACGAGAAAGGGAACACUUGCGACACCGGAAACACUUUUACACCACCGCCAUCACUGCCGGCAUCACCAUCACCAUCAUCAUCAUCAUCGUCACCACUUCAUCCGGCGUCUACCAUAGAUCCCAGCCUAGUUACCACGGCAGAGCGAGAAGGUUCGCCACGUCGAGGGGAAAGUGAUGAAGCAGAGAACCCUGUGCCGCCUCGGUUGGAGGAGGACGACGAGUUCCACGAAGCAGAAGCAGAUUUUAAUGGUGGUCGAAUCGAAGCCACUAGAAAUAGACUGCGCCCCCGUCCCAAGGUUGAUUAUAAGCGUUUCUUUUAG